CCUCCGGUGAGUAGAAACGGUGACUCGGAGGGAGAGAACGAUGUCGUUUUUGUAUGAGAAGAGCGAUAUAUGGAGAUGGCUAGUGAGGAAGACGAGAGAUUCGAGAUCCUUCUUCUUCACGUUCGCUACCGUAUGCGGUGUGAUUCCGGGAAUCAUUGGCUAUGGGGUUAUGCAGGCCACCAAUUCCACUAACCCGGAGCUCGAGGCCCGGCUCCGACAAUCCGCCCGACCCGAAACCGUCAUGAUGGGUAAAGUAAACCAAGAGAGGCUAGCUGAGUACCUCGGGGAGUUGAAACAGAAGCAGGAUACCAACGACAGAUACGUGGCUGCUCUAAGGGGAGAGACUCUUACCAGGAAGCCUUACCAAAGAAUCCAACCAGUGCCAAAGCCAAAUGACACGGUCACAACCAAACCUCAGUAAUGAAUGAUCACUUCUUAGAAAGAGCUACUGUAAUGGAUGCCAAGAUAGGCAUGUCUAUUGGCCGUUAAUGUUUUAUUUUAUUUUUUGUUUGAAUCUGGCAUGCUUUGUGGUUAUCAAACUGGUGCAAGGUUCAGUCACUUCAAACAUUUUGUGAUAGACAGAGAAUAAAAAUGUAAAACACAUUACACAUG